AUGUUCUCAAUGAAUGUCAUCCUCACGCUGAGCGUGCCCCUUUUAACGGCUAUCGGGUACGGCCUGUAUUGCGGGUACCAACAUCGGCGCAAGAUCAAUGAGCUUCGCAAACAAGGAGUGGCAAUGCCAAAAUGGAAUUGGAUCACUGGUCACCUUCUCAUUCUCGGGAAAUAUUUAGACCCCUUACCCUCCAACGCCUUUGUCCAGCUUGCUAUGCAAGAUCUAUCCCUGGAAUGGGGAGAGACAGAGGUCUUUCUUAUGGACGUCUGGCCUAUUUUCCCUGCUUAUUAUGUGGUAUAUGACCCACAGACAGCAGUGCAGGUCUCAACGAAGCUUAAUCUCCCCAAGACUUCUAACCAUUUGAAAUUCAUGAAGCCGAUCGUGGGCGGGCCUAACAUACAUUCUAUGAUUGGUUCUGAAUGGAAGUCGUGGCGCUCAAUAUUCAAUCCAGGCUUCAGUGCUAAUAGCAUGACGGAUCUCAUGCCUGCCGUCAUCGACUCUGUUCAAGUCUUUUCCGAUAUUCUACGGGAGAAUGUGGGGUCGGGAAUCAUCAAACUGGAUGAACUGAGUACUCGGUUGACAAUGGAAGUCAUUCUGAAGGUCACUCUGGAUAUGGAUUCAGGUCACCAGCGCUCAGAACACGAAAUUUCACGAGCUCUCAAAAGAAUAACAGCAUGGCAUUCUUUCUGGGAUCCACGUGUAUUAGCCAAUCCUAUACGACCAUUUAUCCAGAAAUACUACGGCAGCGUGAUGAAUCGAAUUAUCCAAAAAGAACUGCAUCAAAGGUUUCAAGAAAUUAAAGAAAAUAACAGCAAUGAAAAGCCUUUAGAAAAGAGCUCUAAGCGCGCAAAAUCCGUCAUCACAUUAGCGCUCGAGGCGUAUCUAGCUGAUCCUCUUUUCAACAAAAAUGGCAUCUCAACCGACACAUUAGAUGACCAUUUCGCCAGCUACGCAAGCUACCAAAUUCGCCUUUUCCUAUUCGCCGGAAACGACACAACCUCAAGCUCAAUUCUCUACGUCUACCAUAUGCUCUUCAAGCAUCCCGAGAUCGUGACCAAAGUCAAAGAAGAACACGACCGUAUCUUCGGCACCGACCCCUCCGCCGCAGCUGACCUUCUCAAAAACGAUCCAUCCCUUCUUAACCAAUGCCUACUCACCGUCGCCGUGAUUAAAGAAACUUUAAGAAUGUUUUCCCCCGCCUCGACAAAUCGCGGAGGCCAAGAAGGGUCCCAUUUAACUGAUCGGCAUGGGAAUGUCUAUCCAACAGAUUAUGUAGGUGCUAGUAUCUUGCACCAGGCAGCUCAUUAUAAUCCUCGAGUUUGGCCUCGGGUCAAUGAAUUUCUGCCCGAGCGCUGGCUCGUCGAUAAAGAUCAUGAGCUGUAUCCUGAUCCCAGUGCUUGGAGGCCGUUUGAGCAGGGGCCUCGAAAUUGUAUCGGUCAGACGCUUGUGUACAAUGAGAUGAGAUUGGUUUUGGUCAUGACGCUUAGGACUUUUAAGAUCGAGCCUGCUUAUGAUGAAUGGGAUGUGAUUCAGAGGCAGAAAGAAGGGUCGUUAACGAAAUGGGGGAGGUGGGCUGGAGUCGUUAAGGAUGAGAUUAAGACUGUUCAUGGGGAGAGAGCGUAUCAGACAGAGGAGGCGGGGGGUCAUCCGGCUGAUGGGUAUCCAUGUCGAAUUAGUCUGGCGAGCUAA